AUUGAACAAUUCUCCGUCUAUCGUGAUACUUCUCGUUUCUAAUUCUUGCAAUUCCAGGCAUAUCCUGUGAAAUUUUAUAGCAAAAUGUCUGAUUUCGACGAUGAGAUGGACGUUGAUGCGCCUGUUGCCGACACAACCAUUAAGUUCGGCGGGGAAACGCAGAAGGGGAAGAGGAGUGCUGCGAAUCUGCCUGUCGAGGCAGAAGACUCCCUACCAUGGGUAGAGAAAUAUCGACCGAACACUCUUAACGAUGUUGCCGGCCACCAGGACAUCCUCGCGACCAUCAAUAAGUUCGUUGAUUCAAAUCGACUACCACACCUCCUUCUCUAUGGCCCACCCGGAACUGGCAAAACCUCUACCGUCCUCGCCCUCGCUCGACGAAUUUAUGGAAACAAGAAUAUGCGACAGAUGGUCUUGGAACUAAACGCUUCAGAUGACAGAGGUAUCGACGUUGUUAGAGAACAGAUCAAGACCUUCAGCAGCACAAAGCAAAUCUUUUCUGCUGCACCAAAACCAGGGGAGUCUUCCUCACUUGCUACCUUCAAGCUCAUUAUCCUCGACGAAGCGGACGCAAUGACCGCAACCGCGCAAAUGGCGCUUCGACGGAUCAUGGAGAAAUACACCGCAAACACUCGAUUCUGCAUUAUCGCAAACUACACACACAAAUUAUCACCCGCGCUGCUUUCUCGAUGCACUCGGUUCCGGUUUUCUCCUUUGAAGGAAGUUGAUAUUCGGAGUUUGGUGGACAAGGUUAUCGAGGAGGAGAAUAUCAACAUCAUCCCAGAUGCUACUGCGUCGUUAGUUACACUAAGUAAGGGCGAUAUGAGGCGAGCAUUGAACGUGCUCCAGGCAUGUCAUGCGUCUAGCACCCCACUCCAACCACCAGGAAAGCCAGCACCGGAUCCUAGCACCAUCGUUAGGGAUCAAAUCACCGAGACCACCAUCUAUGACUGUAUCGCAGCGCCGCAUCCGUCAGACAUCAAGUUCAUCCUGGACAUGCUCAUGAGUACCUCCGAUAUCACCCAGUGUCUCAAAACAAUCAACAAUAUCAAGUCGCUAAAGGGAUUGGCCUUGGCGGAUAUCCUAACGGCGUUGAGUGAGGAAUUGGUGAAAAGCGAUGUUCCGAGUCAGACUAUGGUAACGUGGAUGUCGGGGCUAGCAGAUAUCGAAUACCGGUUGAGUGGUGGCGGGAGUGAGUCGAUACAAACGGGAGCUACCAUAGGGGUCGUGAGGGCAGGCGUUGAGCUGCUAGCCAAGGGGAAGAACUAAGAAGCGUG